AUGCUCAAUAUUGCCAUUGUCGGGUCUGGCAUAGCUGGGCUGGCUUCUGCCUUGUCCUUGCGCAGGGCUGGCCAUGCAGUCCAAGUCUUUGAAGCAUCACAGCUUACAGCGGGAGACACCGAUGGGGCUGUUGCCCAAAUUGGGCCCAAGGUAAAUAAGAUUUUGGAGAAAUGGGGGGUUAAUCUCGAGGUGGCGCGACCGGUCUUGAUCGACAAGAUUCCUGUAUUCGGUCAUGAUGGGACUCUCUUGAGGACCGAGGAAGCACCCAAGCCACUUGGAUGGAGUUAUUAUCAGCGCAGCAGACUGCAUGGAGCUCUACUUAGGUCAGCCACUGCCCCAACGGGGGCAGGGCGACCAGUCGACAUAUUGUUGAACACCGAAAUCAAAGCAAUUGAUCCAGAGGCUGGAUUAGUCGUCACCCAGGCAGGCCAGACCUAUCAUGUGGAUAUUAUCAUUGGUGCUGAUGGAUGGAAUUCGAUUGCUCGCAAGGCUUUCCCCCACAAUGAUACGACCAUUCCAGCUCCUGCAGAGGUGACCGUCCACCUAAGCGUGUAUACUGGUGAGGAUAAUCGGAUUGUGCAGCGAUUCUGCACCCAACCCACUCACUAUGAGAAAUGGUUGGGGCCGAACAUCGAACUCAAACUUUAUUCGAUCGAGCCACGCACCAUUCUUAUAGACACAGCACUUCCGGUACAGAGCGUAACGGAGCUUUCGGAGAAAGGAUUGAAAGAUGCGCUCCUCUCAGAGUUUGGCUCUAUCAAUUCCCCAUUAACAGAGCUAUUGAACGCAGCGGGGCUUGCAGACAUCAAAUCCUGGUUCCAUCCAAACCUGCCCCGGGUAGAAGAGUGGACACUCGGCCGGGCAAUGCUCAUUGGUGAUGCCGCACACCCCUUCCUUCCUUUUGAGUUACCAGGAACAUCCCAGUCGAUCACCGGAGCAGACGCUCUUGCAGAAGGGCUCAGAUCUGAUGUGCAAGUGGAUGAUGUCCCCGAGCGUGUAGCUUGUUGGGUUAUUCCUCGAAAGGAACGGGUGAUGACUAUCCAAGAGAUGGAGAGGAAGGAUUGGCCUUCUAGGUCGUAG